AUGAACCACAUCCUUCGACCCCUGCUGGACGAGUGCGUAGUGGUGUACCUGGAUGACAUUCUCAUCUACUCCAAGAACAUGAAGGAGCACGUGGAGCAUCUGCGGAAGGUGUUCGAAAUCCUGCGGAAGAAUAAGUUCUACGUGAAGCUGUCAAAGAGCGACUUCGCACUGGAGAAAGUGCAGUUUCUCGGGCACAUGGUGAGUGCCAAGGGCGUGCACGUGGACCCGCGGAAAAUCGAAGCCGUUAAAAAGUGGAAGGUUCCGGAAAACGUGAAAGAGUUGCAGCAGUUCCUCGGCUUCGCCAACUACUACAACAGGUUUGUGCCGCAGUACGCUAAGAUAGCAGCGCCACUGACCGACCUACUGAAAAAGGAUACGCCCUUCAGAUGGGAUACUCCUCAUCAGCAAGCCAUGGAACAGCUACAGACAGCACUGACCACAGCGCCAGUACUCAUCCUACCGGACCCCGACAAGGACUACGUAGUUGAAGCAGACGCUAGUGACCAGGCAGUCGGAGCAGUACUGAUGCAGGAUCACGGGAACGGUUUACAGCCUAUUGCCUACCUCAGUAAGAAGUUACACGGAGCAGAACUGAACUACCCCAUUCACGACAAGGAAGCCUUAGCCAUAGUCGUAGCCUUCAAGGCAUGGAGGUGUUACCUAGAGGGAGCCAAGACCACAGUAUACACUGACCACUGCAGUCUCAAAUACCUGAAGUCGCAGCCGACGCUUUCACGACGACAGGUGCGGUGGGUGGAUUUCUUGGAAACUCACUUCCACUACGACAUCGUCUACAAACCCGGGCUCCACAACAAAGCUGACGCGUUGAGCCGCCCCGGUCAUGUAGCAGGCAUCCAGCUCGACGGGAUGAACCCUCUGCUCAAGGGUCUAUUCCAACAUGGGUACUCCGUGGACGGCGAGAUCGCAACGGCAGAGAAACAGAAGCUGUUACAGUGGGAGAAAGACUUAGCGGUAAGGAAGGGUUCAGGAAAGAUUUGGGUACCGAAUUACGCCCCGCUACGACAGAUCCUAUUAGAGGAAUUUCAUGACGUACCUUACGCGGGACAUUUCGGGAGCAACAAGACGUUAGCGGGAAUAGCGAAGUAUUACUACUGGCCCCGGAUGGCAGCAGACGUGCAGCAGUUUGUCACCUCAUGCGACACGUGCCAGCGAAUGAAGAGUAGCAAGCAGAAAAAAGCAGGGUUACUUCAGCCUCUACCCGUACCGGAGCAGCCAUGGCAGGUCGUUAGCCUCGACUUCAUCACAGGACUUCCCUCGACCUCACGAGGACACGAUUCCAUCCUCGUAGUAAUCGAUAAGUUCUCCAAAAUGGGUCAUUUCAUACCGACCAACGCCACAGCUACAGCUGAAGCAACUGCUCGCCUCUUCUUCGACCGCAUCAUCACCAUCCACGGCAUCCCCGCUACACUUAUCUCAGACAGAGACCCAAAAUUCACAAGUAAGUUCUGGAAGGAGCUUAUGGGACUGCUGGGGACCAAGCUUGCCAUGUCUUCAGCAUACCAUCCCCAGACUGACGGACAGACGGAGCGACUCAAUCAAGUGGUUGAACAGUUACUGCGUACAGCUUGCAAAGACGACAUCAGCCACUGGGACACACAGUUACCAACCUUAGAGUUCGCUUACAACAACGCCUCACAUGCGGCCACAGGGAAAACCCCUUUCUUCCUGUGUUACGGACGGGAACCACUCACACCACAGCAGCCAACCACACCGGCACACGUCCAAGCCGCGCACGACUUCGUCACCACCAUGCAGCAGCUAUGGGAGAAGACUCAGCGGCGUCUCACCACGAUGCAGAACUCCCAGAAGCAGUAUGCCGAUCGCCAGCGACGAGAUCACUCAGUAGCAGUCGGAGAUCAGGUGCUUCUCGACACGCGCAACUUGAACCUGUCUCACCUACCAUCCAAACUCCGGCCUCGCUUCUGUGGUCCUUUUCUCGUGGAGGCACAGGUGACACCAGUUACAUUCCGCUUGCGCUUACCAGAUACGUGGAAGCUUCACAAUGCUUUCCAUGUUCAGCUACUGAAACCCUACAAGGACCCCAACCAACAGUUCCAGGGACGGCAACUACCGCCACCUCCACCUGUUCUUGUGCAGGAUGAACCAGAGUACGAGAUCGAGCGCGUUCUCACUCAUCGACGCCGCGGCGGCAAGACCCUCGAGUUCCUGAUACGCUGGAAGGGAUACGACCCCACUGAGGACAGUUGGGUUGCAGAAGCUGAUAUGGGCAACGCACGCCGUGCUCUCAAGGACUAUCUUAUCAAGCAGGGUGUAUCUCACGCCACCCAGCUUUGA